GAAACCAAGAUCACUAGUAGUUUAUUAUUAUUAUUUUUUGAUCCAAUCGCUCCUUCACGAUUCAUUUGCAGUCCACACGCCUCUCCCUCUUCCAUCAUCUCACCAAAUUCACAUUACAGAGUAGCAGCGCAGUGAUGGCAGCAGCAGCAGCAACGAACCUAAACCUAUGGGGAAUCCUCUUAGAAUCAAAGCGCAUAAUCAACGCCCACUCCCGACACUUCCUAGCUCUCUCCGUCAUCUUCCUUCUCCCCCUCUCCUUUUCUCUCAUAGUCUCCCCUUUCCUCUUCCCUCUCUUAUCCCCUCACCACUCCUCUCACAUCCACAUCCUCCUCCGCCAACCCCAACCCCUAACCCUAACCCUAACCGAAACCCCUCCUCCACUACUACCGUUCCCGUUCUCAUUCCCUCUACUCUUCUUCCUCCUCUUUGUAGUGUUCUUCUCUUUGUUCGCCCUGGCCUCCAUCACCCACAGCGUCUUCCACGGCUUCUUCGGCCGCCCCGUUAAGCUCCUCCCCGCGCUCCUCUCCAUCCUCACCUCCUUCCUCCCCCUCCUCGCCACCUCCGUCUUCACCCACCUCCUCCUCCUCUCCCUCUCCCUCCCCACCAUCUUCCUCUUUUCCACCGCCUCCUCGUCCCCGAUCCUCCUCGCCAUCUCCGCCGUCCUCGUCCUCUUCGCCGUAGUCUACCUCCGCGUGUCCUGGACCCUCGCCCCCGUCGUCGCAGUCGUCGAGUCCACUUGGGGCCUCCAAUCUCUUCGCCGAAGCGCCGCCCUCACAAAAGGAAUGAGACCCCUCGCCGCCUCCUGCUUCCUCUUCUUCGCCUCCAUGCAGGCCCUCCUCCUCUGGACCGCCUCCGUCGACGGCUGGGCCUGGAAAGACUGGGCCUUCGUCGUCCAGAUCGUCCUCACUUCUACUCUCCUCAUGCUCCUCAUGCUCUACAACGCCGCCGCCGACACCGUCCUCUACAUGUACUGCAAGGCCGUCCACGGCGAGCUCGCGCUUGAGAUCGCCGAGGAGUUUGCGUGGCAGUACGUUUGCUUGCCAUUUGAUGAUGGCAAGGUGCCUCACGUUGUUUCCGUUGUCCGUGUGUAGUGUAGCGUGCUGGUUUGGGGAAACUUUUUUUGUAACAUAGCGAGUGUAAGUGUAAUCUAUCCCAAGCUUUUAGUAGUGUAAACUAGUGGAUUAAUAAUUAAUUAUUAGUACAUUGGUAAAUAGAAAGUGUGGAACUUGUGGAUCCCAAAUGUGUAUAUUGUUUGUGUUGUUCUGUUUUUCGGUUGAAGCUUGAAAUUGAUGGCGGUCUGGGUUCUGGUUUGGGCGAAUUAUUUUUUAUUUAGAUGGAUGUUAGAAUGAUUGGAUGGUUUUGUUUUCAGAAUGAUUGUAUGGAGGUUGCAAUUUUACCGAAAAA